AUGUUGCCACCAAACGCCCACUUGAAAGGCUUCCAUCGUUUCGGCCUCACCCGCCUGCGAUCGAUGUCCAGCCAUGGAACCGAGUGCACGCCUUCGCAUGGAAUUAUACAGAAAGCACCAUUCCACUCAAAAAUACCGAUUCCAACUGGAUCUAUAAGGCAGACGGGUGCCCGCAGGCGAUACAUUUCUCAAGGCCGCGUCUCGUUCCCAGGCUUGGCAGUACUCCGGGAACCUCACCACGCGUUGGGGUGCACAGUCACGCGCCUUGGAGGGUCUAUUUGCUACAGGGAGGGAGCACACAAGUCUUUGUUAAGAAACCAGAUUCCACGUGGAAAAGUCGGGAAGCAUGACGUGCGGCCAACAACCAAUAUUAGCAGCCCUUCUGUUCAAUAUCAGCGUCCGCAAUCCGAGCCGAUGAGCCGUGCAACACAGGUGACAGUUACGCACCGAGUCUCCCCGGCUGUGCUUGGGCAUACUCAAAGAAUAGAGAAGAGUUUGGAAGGGUCAUCGUCUGAGCUAGCGGGGGCGCCAUUCCUAUUUCCGUCGCUGAGAAAGCCGUCUAUAUAUGCCAAUGGCACAGACAAGCCCCUUGCUGGUCUACCGGUUGCUCACAUUUUUGAACACCCAAGACUUCUUGAAUCCGGGGCGAAAAUCGGCGAUCCUGUCAAACGCGACCCUACCCCUAAUCAUCGACCUACCAACCCAUCAGCCGCAAGUCCAACACCCCCGCCAUCCCUCGCUGUGCCGGCCCUACCACCAACCUCAGCACUUUCCGUGAUAGAUGCCCAGGAAGUUACGUAUCAAGAUAUUCUAGACGGACUGCAACUCGGACUAUCAGCUAUCCUAGACAGCGACGUGGAUUUCUGGGUCAAGGAGGUCGUGGGUACAAGUUGA